GCAACCGCAAUCGCAACCGUAACCGCAACCGCAAUCGCAACCGUAACCGCAACCGCAUCUGCAGCAAACCUCCCUCGACAAUGGUGCCAAAGAAGGGCAAGAGCAAGCGAGUCUCGUCGUCUCAGCGCAACAAAAUCCAAAAAAAGGUGUCCGAGCACCGGAGAAAGGUCCGCAAAGAUGCCAAGAAGAACCCUGUGCCUAUGAAGAAGUCCAAGAAGGACCCCGGAAUUCCCAACCUAUUCCCCCUCAAGGACAAACUCCUGGCUCAGAUCGAGGAGCAAAAGCGCAAGUCGGAGGAAGCCAAGCUACUGCAAAAGGAAGCUCGCAAGGCAGGGCGCACCUCCGACCAGGUUGCUCUUGCCAACCUCGCUCGUGAUGCAGCUCGCCGCAGCAAGGCCUUUGGUGACGAGGGCUCGACAGGCCUUGACGCAGUGCACACCCUCGACGAGGCCGCUGUCACCUCGAAAGACAACUCGCGAAAGGCGUACUACAAGGAGUUCAGAAAGGUUGUCGAGAGCGCCGAUGUUAUUCUGGAGGUGCUUGAUGCUCGAGAUCCACUUGGCUGCCGAACGAAAGAGAUUGAGGAGAUGAUCAUCAACUCGGGCAUCAGCAAGAGAAUCAUCCUCAUCUUGAACAAGAUUGAUCUGGUUCCGCGUGAGGUCGUUGAGCAGUGGCUCAAAUACCUUCGCAACGAGUUCCCGACAGUGGCAUUCAAGGCCUCGACACAGGCCCAGCGUAGCAAUCUCGGUCAUUCUAGUGUCGGUGUUGAUGUGGCCUCGCAGAAUCUGCUCAAUAGCAGCGAGUGUUUGGGUGCGGACAACCUUAUCAAGCUUUUGAAAAAUUAUUGCCGAAAUGCCAACAUCAAGACCUCGAUCUCGGUUGGCGUCGUCGGUUUCCCCAACGUUGGCAAGUCGAGUGUCAUCAACUCGUUGAAGCGAUCCCGAGUCUGCGGUGUCGGAUCGACUCCUGGCGUGACCAAAUCCAUGCAGGAGAUCUCCCUCGAUAAGAAUAUCAAGCUUCUGGACUGUCCGGGAAUCGUUUUCAGCCGCAGCACCGGCGAGAACGAUCGAGCCGAAGUCUUGCUCCGUAACUGUGUCAAGGUCGAAUUGCUGGAGGAUCCGAUCGCCCCUGUGGAGCUUAUUGUUUCGCGAUGUAAGAAGGAGCAGCUGAUGCUCAUGUAUCAGAUUCCGUCUUUCCAGUCAACACAAGAGUUCCUGCUCUUCGUCGCCAAGCAGCGCGGCAAACUGAAGAGGGGAGGUAUCCCCAACAUCGACGGAGCCGCCCGCUCGAUCCUGCAGGACUGGAAUUCGGGCCGUAUUCCGUUCUAUACUGUGCCCCCAGCCACAGGCCCAGCGGUUGAUACACAUGUCUCGAGUGCCGUUGUUCAGUCCUGGAGUGCCGAGUUCCAGCUGCCGGAGAUCAUUGAGGUGGAGGGCAAGGAUGUACUCUCGAGUGUCAAGGCCAAGGGCGAUCAUCAGCAGCGGUUCUUGACCAUGCAGCCCAGCAAUCCCACUGCAAUUGAGCUGGAAGACGAAGCCGGAGAGUACCUGGACGGGGACGACGAAGAGAUGGAUGAGGACGAAGAUGACGAUGGUGACGAUGAAGACUUUGACGACGAGGACGGAGGAGAGGAUGAUGAUGAUGAUGAUGAUGCUGAUGACGAUGAUGGCGAUGAUGAUGAUGAGAUGGAUGAUGAGGAUAUGGAUGAUGACACCGCCGCCAAACCGGCUGCCGGCCAAUCCCAGAUCCUCCUACGCAACAUCUCAGUGCCUAAGAAGGUACAAGAGACUGCCGCCAACUCAGUCUCGGCCAUGCUCUCGGCAUCCGAGAAAGAAAUCAACCUGCAGUCCAACCGCGACCAAAAGAAGUUGCUCAAGAAUAGGCGCAAACGUGAGCGACGCGGCAUCGGCCACAUCCCUACCGAUGAUCCGGGAGAAGAGGGCUCGGCGAACGACUCGUAUGAUUUCGGACGCUAUUUCCCCACCCUGCCUGGCCACGAGGACAUGGAUAUGGAGUGAGCCUGCGCUCGUCUGCACUUGUGGGCUUGGACAGCGUUGUCGCUCUCGGCAAUACAUUGUGAAUUGCACAUCGUUAGCUCCGAGACCCGACGCUGAUGCCGUGCGUUGCCGUGCGUUGCUGUGCGCUGCCAUGCCGUGCCAUGUCCUG